GGUCUAGAUAUACUAUGUCUAUGGUGACACCAGUAUAUGUACAAGGUACAAGGCAGCGAUCAUGUAAUUUUUUCCUCUAAUUAAGAUUUUACAAAACAUAAUACAGAUCACAAUAUAGUAUGAUCAAGCUGUUGAACGAUGUCCGAUCUUCAACUUUCAGUUUCAAUAAUUUCUCUUUGAUAAUCUGAUACCUGUUUAAGCUGCUUCUAAGUGGAAUAUUUUAUUGGAUAGUUCUUUUUGCUUGCACUUUUUUGAACUUUUAAUUGAAAUGAAAUGGAUAUAUAGUUGAGUGUUAAAGAGUGAGUAAACAAGGAAUCUAAGUGUAGAAAGUGCAAAUAAAACGGACAGAUCUUUUUUAGCUAAAACAGGAAACCAAAUAAAGAUUAUUGGAGAUGAUUAUAUCAGAAUAAUAUGCAAUACGUAAUAUUAACAACAAGGCUACUAGUAGAACAAUAUUAAAAUAUUGAAAUCAAAAAAGAAGUAAAUUAAAACAGACAUAAUAUAAUAUUACAAUAUAAAAGAGGAUACAUGUAUUUAGUAAUUAAAUACAAAAUAUUACAUAUAUGCUAGUGUGUUGAACCUGCUUUAUAUCUGUACAAAGGUGUAUUAGACAAACAAAAAAAGAGAGAGGAUAUUAUUAAUCAACUAUAUUCUGUGGAUUACAAAGCCAAUGAUGUUUUCUUCAGGCCUUAAUUGUAAUCUCUCUUUCCCCAGUUGUUUGGGUUAUCCACAAGAUAGUGAGGAAUUGAUCCCAAAAAUGGCACGUGAGCCAAUCAUUCUUAAUGUUUAUGAUAUGUAUUGGAUAAAUGAAUAUACUACACCUAUCGGUCUCGGUGUGUUUCAUUCAGGAGUGGAAAUAUAUGGAACAGAAUAUGCAUAUGGGGGUCAUGCUCAACCAAGAAGUGGCAUUUUUGAAAUCACACCAAGGGUAGCUGAAGAAUUAGGCGAACAAUUUAGAUAUAGACAAUCUGUUCAUAUUGGAUAUACAGAUUUCACAGAAGAAGAUGUUUCAAGAAUUAUUACAGAGUUAGGCAAAGAUUUUAGAGGGGACCGUUAUCAUUUGAUGAAUAAAAACUGUAAUCAUUUCAGCAGUCAGUUCACAUUGAUUUUAUGUGGACAAGAAAUACCUGGUUGGGUAAAUCGUCUAGCAUAUUUCAGUUCAUGUGUACCAUUUCUUCAACGUUGUUUACCAAAGGAAUGGCUAACGCCUGAUGCUUUGCAACACUCUCUUAGUCAAAUUAGUCAUCACGAAAGUACACCACCAUCUGAUACUUCAUUGUAACAUUUAAUUAACGUUAAAAUGCACGGUCUAAAAUACCGUAGAAGUUAUACAUUCUAGGUAAUAUUAAACAUGAUGAACAAAAAUGUUAAUUAGAGCUAUGACUUUGCCAAGAUUUGAAAAUCUAAGAAACUAAACCGUCAAAACAAGGUACAAAUUUGAUAUUGUACACUUGAAUAUGCGACUGCUAACAAUUAGUACCAAAAAGAUUGCCUUUGUUGCAACAUGUCUCCUAAAAUGGCAAUCUGCAAUGUCGCAUGUGUUCUUUGUUGAAUAAUACAGUCAAGAUAGUUACAUAAUGAAUAGAUAAUUACAUAUGAAUUCAAAUUGUAAUGAACAAGAAACUUGUAUGUUAAUGAAAACAAAACUUGUUACAUUAGAAAGAUAUAUAAUUACUAAAAUUAAUUUUUUUACAAAAGUUUUUAUUUCUUAUUUUUUACAUUUAAAGCUGUAAAGCACUAAGUUAAAAAUAUAAUGCAUGAACAUCAGAUAGAUAUAAUUAUAUGUAAGAAAUAUUAUAUGCAAUAGUUUGAAUAUAUUUAAUGAUCUAAUUAUUUUCUAUAAUUUAUAUAUAUAUAUAGAUUUUUUACCUUAUACAGAAUGUUUUAUCAUAAAUAUUUUAAAUAUUCUGGAGAUGAAUUAGAAUCGAAAAUUACUAGGACAAUGUUAAUAGUUUGUUAUUAUUAUGUUAAUAAUUUUUUUGAGUUAAGAGAGAGUUAAGUCGAGAAAUAAUCAAAGUUGGUCAAUAAUAUCACAUGAAACUUCCGCACUCAAGUUCGUACAUGCGUAUCUUCUCAUCUGUUCUUGAUUUUUAUAAUUUAGUUAAUAUUAAUUUUUACUGCAUAGCUAAUAUCCAGACACCAAUAAUUCUGGAAUAAUUAUUAGUUAAGAAUAUUUUAUAAACUUGACUUUAGAUAUGCAAAUAAAGUUAUAUUCUGUAAUUAGUUUUAAUAAAUAAUUUUUUAAAUU